AUGGAUAUGUAUUUUACGCAAGUUUGUUUAUGGACGACGCUUCUCGCCGUCGUGCUGACUUGGGCAAUAUUCCAUGUCAGCAACCGGAAGAAGAAGUCAACCAAGCUGGUUGAUACGGCAGCCCAGGAGAGAACGUACGGUGGUCCAGACGUCAUCAUCGUCGGAGCUGGUGUCGGCGGCUCAGCUCUCGCCUAUGCUCUUGCUAAGGACGGACGUCGAGUACAUGUGAUAGAGAGGGACAUGAGCGAACCAGUGAGAAUGAUGGGUGAGUUUAUGCAACCUGGAGGACGACUCAUGCUAGCUAAGCUUGGCCUACAAGAUUGUUUGGAAGAAAUCGAUGCACAGAAAGCCACAGGCUUAGCACUUUAUAAGGACGGGGAAAAAGCCGUCAUACCUUUUCCGGUGGAGGACAACAAUUUUCCUUAUGAACCUACUGGUCGAUCUUUUCAUAAUGGCCGUUUUGUCCAGCGGCUGCGCCAAAAAGCCUCUCCUCUCCCUAAUGUGAAGCUGGAAGAAGGGACGGUAAAAUCUUUGAUUGAAGAAAAUGGAAUGAUCAAAGGAGUGACAUACAAGAACAGUUCAGGUGAAGAAACGAUGCUAUUUGCACCACUCACUGUGGUAUGCGACGGUUGCUUCUCCAACCUUCGUCGGUCUGUUAACGAUAAUGAUGCGGAGGUUAUGUCGUACCAAGUUGGUUUCAUAUCAAAGAACUGUCAGCUCGAAGAACCCGGAUACUUACACUUGGUAAUGGCUAAACCAUCCUUCACCAUGGUGUAUCAGAUAAGCAGCACUGACGUUCGUUGUAGUGUGGAGAUUUUACCCGGAAAAAUUCCUUCUAUUGCGAAUGGUGAAAUGACCAACUUUUUGAGAAACACUAUGGCUCCUCAGGUACCUCAAAAUCUCCGCAAAAUAUUUUUGAAAGGGAUCAAUGAGGGGGCACAAAUAAAAGUGAUGCCAUUAAAGCGCAUGUCAGCUACUUUGAGCAAUAAGAAAGGUGUGAUUGUGCUGGGAGAUGCAUUUAACAUGCGUCAUCCAGCAAUCGCGUCUGGAAUGAUGGUUUUACUAUCUGACAUUCUCAUAUUACGUCGCCUUCUCCAGCCAUUGGAAUACCUCGGUGAUGUAAACAAAGUCUCAGAAGUUAUCAAGUCCUUUUAUGUUAUCCGAAAGCCAAUGUCAGCGACGGUGAACACACUAGGGAAUGCAUUUUCUCAAGUGCUGAUUGCAUCGACGGACGAAGCAAAAGAGGCAAUGCGACAAAGCUGCUAUGAUUACCUCUCCAGUGGUGGCUAUGGCUCGUCCGGCUUGAUGGCUCUACUCGGCGGCAUGAACCCUCGUCCACUUUCUCUCAUCUAUCAUCUAUUCGUUGUUACUCUAUCGGCCACUGGUCAACUGCUCUAUCCAUUUCCCUCCCCUCUUCGCAUUUGGCAUAGCGUCAGACUUUUUGGCUUGUCUUUGAAGAUGCUGGUUCCUCAUCUCAAAGCGGAAGGGGUUGGCCAGAUGUUCUCUCCAGCAUCUGCAGCCGCGUAUCGCAAAAGCUAUAUGUCCGCAACCGCUCUCUAAGCAUCGAUGCUCUAAAACGCGAAUAAUAUAAUACCACAUAGAUCAGGAGCGAGAAUCUAUGCAAUUGUUCAUUUGUUAAAACUGUAUUGCAGUGUGCUUACAAUUAUGUAUUAAUAAAUAACUGGAAAAUAUCCGUCGGUAUAUUCUAAAGAAAUAAAAGGAUUGUAACAAUAAUAAUUAAUAAAGAGAAUUUGCAUUUGUUAUAAUUGUUUUGCAAUGUGCUUACUGUUAAUGUAAUGUGAUUUCAUAAAAAGAAAAGUUCACAAAAAACAGUUUUGAUGUUAACAAAAAAACCCACCCCAUCUCUUUAAAACAUAAUAUGAAACAACAUAAUAUAUAUUUCAAAAUUAAUAAAAAAAAUAUUUUAUUUAUAUCAGUCUAUUUUCUCAGAUUCUUACAAAAGGUAUUUUGAUAACAUAUGCUAAAAUAUUACUGAUGAACUAGAAUUUUUUUAUAAUUGCCCCUAUUGAGAUUUUUAUUCAUUUUUUCAUAAUUAAUUUUGUUAAAUUUUUAAUUUUGAUUGACAUUUUCUAUAUAUAUUUUUUAUCAAAAGACUUAAAUAAAAAAUCUAAAUUUUUUGAUCAAAGCAAAUAUACCACUAAAAAUUCUUUGCGGCUUUAUAUAUAUAUAUUUUUGCAACAUAAUAUAACUAUAAUAAGAGUACAUAAACCAAUAUGAAUUUUUAUGGUUAAGAUUAUUUAGAAUAUUUUUUAUUUUAUACAUAUAAAGUAUAAAGUUACUUAGAAUUUACAAAAAAAAACUUUUUUGUAGAUAUUGAUAUCCGUUCAUGAGUUUUAAAAUUUCUAUCGAUAAUCUUCGUUUAUAAAAUUUAAUACUUAUCAUCAAUUCAGAUUUUUCUACUAUUUUUACAAAUCCACAAUUAUCAAACUAUACAAAAGAAUUUAUGAAAUUAUAUGUACAUAUUUAAGAUGAAAAACUGAACUAGUGCAAUAAAUAAAACUAAUCAAAUUUUGUUUAACUAGAAUCAAAAGUAAUUUUAAUUCGAUUUGAAGAAAUAUGUGUAACUCAAUGUAACCCACAAAAUGAGCCGCAUAAACAAUGUAAAUUACUAUGCCUAAAAUCAAAAGUAUAAAUGCAAAAAAAAAAAAAAAAAUCUAUUGAAGCACAAAAUAUACCCUAGUUAAACUUGGAGAAGUAAUAUAAUUUAAUAUAUCCAAGUAAUAACCAAAUCGACUUGAUAUUAUAUAUCUAAAUUAUAUGUCUAAUUAAAAUCAUAUAAUAUUAUUUAAAAUAAAUCAUACAUAAAUUACAAAAAAAAAUUAGAAAUAAAUUUAAAAUAUAAUUUAUUUUAUAAUAUAUUUAUUUUAUAAUAUAUUUAUUUUGUAAUAUAUUUAUUUUGUAAAACUUUAUAUCCGUGUAUGAGCACGAAAAAAACACCUAGUUAUAUGUAACUAGAAAUACCAUUCGGUAUAUUCUAAGCAAAUAAAAGGAUUGUUAUAAUUAACAGACUGUUCAUUUGUUGAACGUUUGUGUAUGGAAUAUAAUAUUUUCAAAUGCGCUAUUCUAUAGAUUUCAAGCUAAAUUAGGAGAUGAUUGGUCGGGUUGUAACUAUAAAAUUUAGUCUGUAAAAUUUUUUAUAUUUAACUGUAAGGGAUAUACUUUUAAAAUUUAUUGUUUCGGCAAUAGAUUUGCUACAUCAAAAAAGAUGGAUCUUUAGAACGUAAAACUUUUACAGCUAUUGUUCAAUUUUUUGGAUGUAGCUUUAAAAGCCAGUACAAAGCAUGAUUGGUGAUUUAAAGCAUGUAGAUAAAAAUUAAAGUUAAACUCAGGUCUUACAUUCCAACCAAUCACCCACUUAAUAAGUUACUUUGAACAAAUCUUUUUUUAAAUACAUAUAUUACUAGGUAUAACAUGCGCCUUGCACAUGAUGUGAUUAUUAGUUUUGUUAUUUUUUUAAUAAGGAGACAUCAAAUCUGUUUAAUUUGGAUACCGGUUCGGUUUUAGGUUGUUUUUUGGUUUUUAAUCUUCUAAAAUAUAUCUAUAAUUCUAAAUCAAUAUUUAUUUUGGUUUGUUCGGUUCAAAUUAUUGAUGUUUUUUUUUGUUAUAACCAAAAAUUAUUAUUAUUUGUUUGGUUUAAGGUUAUA